AUGAAAAACGAGAUCCUUCAAGGGGAGCAUUAUCUAGACAUUGAUCUUGACGAUGAGAAUGAGGCUAAGCGGGUUGGCAAGAUCAUAAGACAGUUAAUGGUUGACCACAAGAACGCCACCGUUGUCCCAGGACGUCCCAGGUCGUCACCGUUGUCCCAGGACGUCCCAGGUCGUCACCGUUGUCCCAGGACGUCCCAGGUCGUCACCGUUGUCCCAGGACGUCCCAGGUCGUCACCGUUGUCCCAGGACGUCCCAGGUCGUCACCGUUGUCCCAGGACGUCCCAGGUCGUCACCGUUGUCCCAGGACGUCCCAGAACGUCACCGUUGUCCCAGGACGUCCCAGAACGCCACCGUUGUCCCAGGACGUCCCAGGUCGUCACCGUUGUCCCAGGACGUCCCAGAACGUCACCGUUGUCCCAGGACGUCCCAGAACGCCACCGUUGUCCCAAGACGUCCCAGGUCGUCACCGUUGUCCCAGGACGUCCCAGAACGUCACCGUUGUCCCAGGACGUCCCAGAACGCCACCGUUGUCCCAGGACGUCCCAGGUCGUCACCGUUGUCCCAGGACGUCCCAGGACGUAA